GCUUCUUCCCAUUGACGUCGGACGCAAAAUUAUUGCAGUAUGGACCAUCAAUUCAGCUCUAUGGUGUGUCCAGCUCCCGUCCUCUCUGGUCCUUAUGACACACCACAAUCACAGUCGCCAUUCGAAGCAACAGGGAUGCAUGGUUACUCUACUGGUGAGGCUGACUCCGUAGUCUUUCAAUCGUCCAACCACAAUACACAAGAUACGAAGCAAUAUCUCAGGAAUAUGGGCCAGAUUGCUUGCAAAUCUUUAGAUACUGCACUGAAUUCUGACAUCUCGAACAACUCAACUCAAGCAAAGAAGGUGAGCAGGGAAACUCCAAACGCACCGUUAGAUGCAGUGAGGCAACCGAAAAAGAGAGGUCCAAAAAAGAAGCCCUUAACCAAAGAAAGAGAAGUUCGCCUGAAGAAUCGUCGGGUGCGUGCAAAUGCCAGAGAAAGAAGCCGCAUGCACGGGUUGAACCAUGCACUGGAACUGCUCCGCCGUCAUAUUCCCACGUUCUCUGCAACACAACGACUGAGUAAAAUCGAGACCCUACGUUUAGCAAAGAACUACAUCAGAUCGCUUUCAGAGUUACUGAAUAGAAAUGAAUCCCCGUCUCCAUUGGAGCUAGCAUGUAUUCUAACAGAAGGCCUAUCACAGAAUACAACCAAUCUGGUCGCUUCAACUCUGCAAGUGAGUCCCCGAUCGCUGCUUCAAUUCCAAAGAAACGUCAAACCGGAAUCCCACACACUCACGAGCACACCGUCAAAGCAGCCAUCACGCAGUGCACUGAAGCAGGGACACACAACACGCAAGCUGGGUUCCGUGCUUUAUCCCACAGUGGCAAACAAGCAGUGUGAGUCAACUUCGGAUGAUGGCUUGUUUGAUAACGACAAUUCGGUUGACCUAUCCAACUUCAGCGCGGAUCCCUAUUAUACGCCACCGGCACAACUAAAGUCCACCACAUCCCAAUCUGUGAUACACAUGCCCAUCCCGUCUACCUUCGAUGUCUCCUCUUUCCCCCUACAGCAGACUCAAAGCGAACUCCCCGGUUAUCAGAUCCCACAGCCGUUUUUAUCUAGUAACCUGUUUGAUUAUUCCACAGGAACGUCUAUUUUUGAGUAUCAAGAAAAGCGAGUACCAACCUACAAUUUAACAGAGUACACACAAUACGGAAGUAUGCUUCCUCCACGUGUUUGACCACACUCACCGAGUUGCCUUGACGAAACGUGCAAGUGAUACCUAAACCUAAUCUUCACGGUUAAAGUCUUUGCGUUGUGUACACUCCGAUUUAAUCUUUCAAGCUGUACAGUACAGGCUUUGCGUAACUCGCUUAGCAAAAUUUUAUACUCAGAUAUCAAUAUUUUUGGAAGUGUUUUUAGGCAGCUUAUUAUUUUAUGUCCCAGUAAAAAUGGAACAGUUAUCUUAUGUUGCCUCGUCCAUUUUUGCUACCAUAGAUAAACAAUUCAUUUUUCUACCUUCUUUAAAUCCUGUAACAUAUAUUUCAGUUUUCUUUUUUGACCAACAAGUAAACCUAGAGAACUUCCAUUAGUUC